AUGUCAGGGGGAACUGUAUUCAGCAAGUAUUAUAUCAAAGGACCAUAUAAUCCCCACGAGAAAAACGACUAUGCUGACCCCGAUCUGGUCGCUGAACAGGCGAGAGAAUUAGCUGACAUCCCCUUUGAGUUGGUGCCCGGCUCCGUGUCAGAAAAGAGCAAAGCUCGUGCCAAGAUGCUAGAAAAGGAGCUUCGCGAUGCAGCAACGCGUCAC